GCCCUUCGAUACGGCACGCAAAAAUGGCCAGGCCGUAGCCAGCGACAGUUUAACUGUCACACAGUUCGGUUUUGUAUUCACACUGAAAGAAAACGGGUAGCGGAACGACGCCGCGGCAAGGGGGAACGAAUCCAAAUUUCGCGUUUGCGGCCGCCGCUAAAAGGGGGCUCUGUGGUGCCGUGAUAUAACCGGAGUUGCCACCCACCUGCUCUGUUCCUCAAGCACUCUCUCUCUCUCUCUAUCGCUCUCUGUGUGUGGCACCAUCGAAGUGAAAGUUGAAGUGGGAGUCGUCGGUGCCCCGUGUCGCGACUCCACUGACCAUUGACCGGGAGGCGGGCAAAGGAGACACAAGCGACGAAGUUAAUCACCGUUUCAGGCCGAUUCGUUUGACAAUUGAGUAACCGAGCCCAACCUUUAAAUGAAGAAACAUGGGGAAUGGCAUGAACAAGGUCUUGCCGGGACUAUACGUGGGCAACUACCGCGACUCAAAGGAUCACACACAACUGGAGAGGUUCAAUAUCUCGCACAUCAUCGCCAUACAUGACAGUCCGAGACGUCUGUUGCCGGACAAGCACUACCUGUGCGUGAUGGCCUCGGACACCCCGGACCAGAAUCUUUCCCAGUACUUCUCCGUCUGCAACGACUUCAUUCAUGCCGCUCGCCUGCGCGAGGGCAACGUGCUCAUCCAUUGCCUGGCGGGCAUGUCGCGCUCAGUGACCGUGGCCGUCGCCUACAUUAUGACCGCCACGCACCUUAACUGGAAGGAGGCCCUUAAGGUGGUGCGGGCCGGUCGCGCAGUGGCCAAUCCCAACACAGGAUUCCAGAACCAGCUGCAGGAGUUUGAGCAAUUCAAGCUGUCCGAGGAGCGUCGUCGGCUGCGGGAGCGCUUCCCCUCGUCGGCUCUGGAGCAGCUUGACCGGACGAAAGUCGCCACGGCGCUGGACAACUACCAGGAGCUUCUGCAGAAUCGUGACAUUUGUGAGGGCAACUGUUCCCGCGGCGAGAAGUGUCCCACAGGCGUCUGCAACAUGGACCCCAGCAAGGGCUUGUUCCGACGCCGUCCCUCCAGCGCAUCGACCCACUCGCGUCUGCGUGCCCAGUCCUCCAACACCAACGCUUCGUCCAGCAGCCUCAGCGUGAGCAGCGUGGCCGCCCAGUCCUGCCCUACAUCGCCCAAGCACUCGCCCCUGCCCAUGGCACGCCGCUCCGUGGGCAGCGAUCAUCCCGAGGACGAGAUCGCCCUUGACCAGCCACCCAGUACAUCCAGCGAGGCCGCCGAGUAUGCCGCCGCCUUCGAGGACGCCCGCCGUGAGCAAGAGCAGCGCUACCAGCAGCAGGGCAAGAACCAACGAUCUCCCCGGCCUGGUGGCUCUGCGUCGGGAAAUGCCCGUGUGAGCAGCGCUGGGAGUCGAAGGGAGUCUUCGGCCCGGGAGGAUCACGGCUCUGCCCAGCUGCAGCGGAGUGCCAGCACGGUGAGCGGAUUCGGAGUACGCCCAAGGAGCAGUCCGGCGGGGCUGCACGCCUACACGGGCUCAGUUCCUUCCUCCGUCCACGGGUCUCGGGUCGAUCUACGCGAGGCUGACAAGGGAUCGGCCAUCUACCUGGGGUGCUCGGCGCCGAGAGCCUCCACACUGUCUAUAUCAUCCUCGCGGGGCUCGUCUGGAGGUUCAGCUCCGCCUUCGCCCUGCAAUACGCCCCCUGCCAGUCCACGUCACGGCGUGAGAAGAUCCACCAGCAUGGUGAAGAAGCCAAGAUGAAGAUGUGAGCAUGGUUUUUGCUAAGCUGGACUUAAUCUGGACCAGCAGACUUAAUUGGAAAAAAGAGGACUCGCCCUCGCGGGAUUCAGUAGCUCCUCUAGUAAAAUAGCUUACUGUUGUUAGAAGCCACAAGCCACGGCUGCCGGACCCUUCGUUGCUGGCUUGGCUACCUUUGGCUAAAUCUAAAGUUGUUGAUCAAUUUAUAUGUAAAUGGCACUCGGCACUCGCCUUCGAGUGCAGCCUGAAUUAUAAUCAAAUGUUGCGAGUAUAUUUUUCAGAGACGCAUUUAACAGUACCGACAUAUACAUAUAUACAUAUUUAUUGUAUAUUAUAUAGCGUAUUUAUUUAUACGAGCAGAUUUGUUGUCGGUCCUCUGGGAAGGACUAGCCCCCGAAUCAGAGUGGCGAGUGAUUGCGGAGGCAGUCGAACAAUAACUAAGAAUUGUACAAUUGCGUAUUUUUGAUUAGAUUCAUUGUUGUUGCAAAUAUUUUGAUAGCGAAGAAACCGAAAGGGCGAGACCCAAGAAAAGCGUUAUACAUUCAUACCUAGUUGAUAUAAUAUUGACAUAUAUGAGAUUUGAGAUUGUUAUUUAGAGUUGUUGCAUUGAGUAGAAUUAAAUAUAAAUAAACAAAGUUUAUUAGCUCACUUCCCACCCCUUUUUUCCACGAAUACGAACACUUACACAAAAUCGGAAUCUAUCACGACAAGCAAUACGCAUCGGACUUUUCUACAUUAAAUCAUUAACAAAAUUGUAACCCUAUUAAACAAACCGCAUUGAAGUGUGCUUUAAAGCUUGUGGCUUAUCAUAAACAAAAAGAAAAAGAAAAGAAAAAUAAUUAAAAUUGUUAUCGAAUAAGAGCAUAUAUAAUUAUUUACAACCAUUCCUUGAAUAUCGAAAACAAUCUUAUGGACAUUUUAGACAUUUUUGCAAGCUGGCUUUGACAAAAAGAAUUGUUCAGAGAUACAAAAGUACAUAUUGCGACGAACGGCUAAUCAAAUACUGUAUUUAUAAUGCCUAAAGAAAUGCACAAAUCGGUUUUAGACUAAAGAUAUAUAAAGAAAUCGUUAAGUUUGUCAAAUGAACACAAUUACUAUACAAUAACAAAAGCAACUGUCUCCAAGACACAAUUAAAAUA